UCUCCUCUUUCACUCUUCAGAUUCAAUCUCUCUCCGAUUCUUGUGAAUUUCUCACUCAUUUUUAAAUCAAUUGAAAUCGAAUUUCUGCAGAGUGAGAGAGAGUCGGUGGCAAUGGCGGUGGAGAGAGGAGCAGGAGGAGGAGGGACGCUAUCGGAGAUACACCAGAGCGCGAAGAAGCUUCUGCUACGAACACGAGACGGCCUCGAAAGGCUGGAGAGGCUGGAGUACUCGAGCGGCAUCGACUCGCCGGACCUCGCCAUGUCGAUCAGAAACGACCUCUCUCAGAUCCAGUCUCUCUGCGCCGAUAUGGACCGUCUCUGGCGCUCCGUCGCCGCCAAGUCGCAGCGCGAUAUCUGGAAACGUAAAGUGGAGCAAGUGGCAGAGGAGGCUGAAUCGUUGAAGGAAGGUUUGGAUAAGUACAAUUUGAGAAAGCAGAGGAAGAUCUGUGAAGCCAAAGAGCGGGCUGAGCUGCUUGGAAGAGCUAAUGGAGAGUCGUCUCAUGUUAUUAGAGUGUUUGAUGAGGAGGCACAAGCAAUGCAGUCGGCUCGGAAUUCGUCUCGCAUGCUUCAUGAAGCUACCUCGGUCGGGGAAGCUAUUCUGUCCAAGUAUGCAGGGCAGAGGGAACACAUAAAGAGAGCUCAACGGAAAGCACUCGAUAUUCUUAACACAGUAGGUCUGUCCAACUCCGUACUGAAGCUUAUCGAGAGGCGGCAUCAUGUAGAUCGGUGGAUUAAAUAUGCAGGCAUGAUUUUGACAGUCGUUAUUGUGUUUUUCUUUUGGAGGUGGACACGAUGAUAUAUGCUCUCUGUCAUGGUAUUUGGUUCUACUUCUGGAAACAGGAAAUUUUCUUGUGAUUUGGUCGAUGGAAAAAAGGCUAACAAUCACUGUACAUGCACUAUUUUAGAAGACAGACAUAAUACAGCGUAGCUUUCUACCUUUUCUUUGAUUUUGUCAGCUUUCUUGAUAUGGAAUCAUGGAUGGUUGUAAUCAUGCUCUUUGUUACAAAAAUGUUACAGAUCCAACUCAUCCAAGCAUAUCACU